AUGGGUUUGACGGAGAACUUCUCACCCACCUACCUUUCCACCGGCAACCCCUGCCUCGAUUUCUUCUUCCACGUCGUCCCCGACACUCCCGCCGGCAGUCUGGUCGAUAGGCUCGCCUCGGCCUGGGCUCACGAUCCCCUGACCACUCUCAAGCUGAUCGGCAAUCUGCGAGGGGUCAGAGGAAUGGGGAAAUCGGACAAGCAAGGUUUCUACACGGCGGCGCUCUGGCUCCACGACCACCACCCCAAAACCCUAGCCCUCAACGCCAGGGCAUUCUCCGAAUUGGGGUAUUUCAAGGAUUACGUCGAGAUUCUGUACCGGCUCCUCGAAGGCCCCGACGCGAGGAAGAAAGCGAAGAAAGGCGAACCAGGGAAGAAGGUUUUGGACGCCGCAGAUCCUGUUUCAGUGAGGGCACGGCGCAAGGAGCGAGAGAUCGCGAAAGCGGCCAAGGCGCUGAAGAGGUACAAUUCCGAUCCCGACUACAGGUUCCUGUUUGAUUCCACCGCGGAUCUGUUCGCCGAUCUGCUGAAAUCGGAUAUGGAGGCUCUGAGAUCCGAGGACUACUGGAACAUCUCCUUGGCGGGCAAGUGGUGCCCGUCGAUCGACUCCUCGUACGACGAACACCUGCUGAUCUGCGAGGCGAUUGCUCGCCGGAUGUUCCCCAAGGAGAGCGACGAGCAGUACCAAGGGAUUGAAGAAGCACAUUAUGCUUAUCGGGUGCGGGACAGGCUGAGGAAGGAGAUUCUGGUCCCUCUCCGAAAAGCACUCGAGAUUCCGGAAGUGUACAUGAGCGCCGGGGAAUGGAGUUCUCUCCCCUACAGCAGAGUUCCUUCCGUGGCGAUGGCGAAUUACUCUGAUCUGUUCCUGAAACACGACAGGGAGAGGUUCCAGGAGUAUCUGGAGAAAGUGAAGUCCAGGAAGGCGAAGAUCGCAGCUGGGGCGCUGCUUCCCCACCAGAUAAUCGGCCAGCUGAAACAUCCCGAGAAAACAGCGGUGGCGGAGCUUCAGUGGGCGAGGCUGGUGGAUGACAUGUCGAGGAAAGGGAAGCUGAGCAACUGCAUUGCCGUCAGCGACGUGUCUGGCAGCAUGAAGGGGACUCCAAUGGAGGUGUCCGUGGCGCUCGGGCUGCUGGUUUCGGAGCUCAGCGAGGAGCCAUGGAAAGGGAAAGUGUUCACGUUCAGCAGCGAUCCGGAGCUUCAUUUGGUGCGGGGGGAGACGCUGAUGGAGAAGACCGAGUUCAUCAGGACGAUGGAUUGGGGAUCGAACACCGAUUUCCAGAAGGUGUUUGAUAAAAUCCUGGACUCCGCGGUGCUGAACAACCUGACGGAGGAUCAACUGGUGAAGCGGGUGUUCGUUUUCAGUGACAUGGAGUUCGACAAGGCGUCGAGGCGAUGGUGGCUGGAGGAGGAGGAGGAGGAGAGGAAAUGGGAAACUGACUAUCAGGCGAUACAGAGGAAGUUUAGGGAGAAAGGGUACAACAGGGUGCCGGAGAUUGUGUUCUGGAACCUGAGGGACUCGUCGGCUACGCCGGUGGUGGGAACGCAGAAUGGGGUGGCGCUGGUGAGUGGAUUCUCGAAGAAUUUGCUGAAGGUGUUCAUGAAGCGAGGUGGGAUUGUGAAUUGCGAUGAUGCGAUGAUGCUAGCCAUUGCUGAUGAGGAAUAUGAGAAGCUCGUGGUGUAUGACUGA